AUGGGUAGUAGGCAACAACCACAACAACAACAACAACAACAAGAUCAUUCAUACUUUUCAGAGAUAAAAAAAGGAGAAGUUAGUGAACUUCGAACAUUACUAAAGAAUGCAUCAAACGAAAGAGAUACUGAAAAGAUAAAGAGUACAUUACAGAGAGUAGUGUAUUACAUGACUAUGGGUAUUGACGUAUCACCAUUAUUCCCAGACAUUAUCAUGGUUGUCAAUACAACUGAUGUCGUCGUCAAGAAAUUAGUAUAUCUCUAUCUAUGCAACUAUGCUGUAUCUGGUUCUUCAAAUGAUUCUUUAUUACUAUUGGUUAUUAAUACUCUAAGUAGAGAUUGUUUAGAUCCAAAUCCAAUGAUUAGAGGUUUGGCAUUACGUAGUUUAUGUUCUUUAAACUCAAUGACAACAUUUGAUUAUUCAUUUAGAGGAGUAUUAAAAGGAUUGGGAGACGCAUCGGCAUAUGUUAGAAAGACUGCGAUCAUGGGAUUGGCAAAAUUGUACAAUAUAUCACCAGUGGAUGCACGAAAGGAGACAUUUGAAGAACACAUGCCAAAGAUUUAUGGUAUGAUGAUGGAUCAAGAUGGACAGGUCAUUGUCAAUGCCAUCUUGACUUUGGAUGAGAUUAGUCCAAAUUGGGAGGUCAGUCCAUCACUAGUCAACCAUCUAUUGGCAAAAUAUAAACAAGUUAAUGAAUGGGGUCAAACAACCAUAAUCAAUACUCUAACAAGAUUUAAAUUAAUUUCUGAAGAUCAAAUUUUUGAUUUCUUGAAUUUAUUUGAUGAUAGAUUAAAACAAUCAAAUAGUGCAUUGGUAUUGUCAAUUAUUAAAUUAUUCCUUCAAAUCACUGAAAAUGAACCAAAUAUACAUGAACAAGUAUAUGAAAGAUUAAAGGAUCCACUUAUUACAUUGAUGGAUAAUACAGAUUCAAAUGAAAUACAAUUUACAAUUCUAUCUCAUAUUCAUCUACUGAUGAGUAGAUCUCCUGAUUUAUUUAAACAUGAUUUUAAAUAUUUUUAUUGUCGAACAAAAGAUCCAUUUUAUAUUAAAAAUUUAAAAAUUAAGAUUCUAAGAGAAUUGAUAAGUGAAACAAAUGCAAAAGAUAUUGUAGAGGAAUUAAGUGAAUAUGUAUUUGAAGGUGACAUUCAAUUUAUUAAACAACCAAUCGAAGCUAUUUCAUUUAUAGUAGCAAAAAUUGAAUCUCUGUCAAGUACAGUACUUGAUAUUUACACUACAUUCCUUUCAAGUAAUUUGGAAAUUGUCAUUUCAUAUACCGUAUCGGCAUUGAAAGAUUUUCUUAGGUUCUAUCCAAAUCAAGCAGAUCAAGUACUACCAUUGGUGGUUGAACAUUUGGUACAUGUCAAUUUGGAAUCGGAUGCAAUAGAAGCAUUGUUGUGGAUGUUUGGUGAAUUCCCAUUCUCUGAACAACAAAUACCAUACAUUAUCGAACAAUUCUUUGACUCUAAAUUCAAUGACCAACCAUCCAACAUCAAAAUUCAACUAUUAAUAGCAGUGAUUCGAAUUUAUUUGGCUAAAAAGAAAGAAAAUGGAGAAAAUAGAUCAGGUGAAAUUUAUCCAAUCAUGAUGAUGAUAUUAGAGGAAUGUUCAUCUAUAAAUUGUAGUCCAGAUUUACGUGACCAAUUCCUUUUCUAUUAUCGUUCUCUAAUCUAUGAUUUGGAAAAAACUUCCUCAAUCAUUAAUACAAAAUUAAAUAAUAAUAAUAAUAUUAAUAAUAAUAGUACAAGUACUUUAUUUGUUGAAGAUGAAAUUUUAGAAAUUAGAGAUAAAAUAUUUGAAGAAUUUAAUACAUUAUCAAUAGUUUAUGGUAAACAUUCAACAUCAUUUAUUAAAAACCCUUUAACAUUAUUGGAAAAACAAAAAAUCAUCAAAGAACAAUUAUUGAUUUCACCAACCAAAACUGGUACUCCACCUACAAAUAAUAAUAAUAAUAAUAAUAGUAAUAAUAAUAUUUCACCAAAAAUGGAAUCACAACAACAACAAUUAUUACAAUUGGUUGAUGUAUCUCAUCAAUUGGAUUCAUCGACCAACAAUUUAAUUAGCCUGUUUACAUUGGAAAAGGCAGCAGAGAUUGAUACUGGUCAAUUCCAAGAGAUGUGGAUGUCACUUGAAGAGGGUCAUGCAAUGUCGAUACAAUUGAAUCAAAUGCCAGAGAUUGAUAGAAUCGAGAGUGUUUUGACGACCGAGGGUAUUCAAUGUCUUGCCUAUGGUAGUGUAGAUGGAGUCACUAAAUUAUAUUAUCACGCCAAACAAAUAGAUGAUGGACCUUGGUUCCUUGUCGAAAUCAUCAUCGAUGAAACUAGUCAUCUCAUGACACUUGGUUUCAAAUCUACAGACAUUCAAAGAUUACACUCUAAAUUUGUUACCAAAUUUGUUUCAACUCUUUCAAAUGCCAUUUCAACAAACUGA